AUGCUGGCUCUAGUGAUAUGCAAUACGUUCUUGCUGAUUCCUGUAAUUUUUGCUGAUAUUUACUCUUCGGUUGCUUCGAUGAAAGCACUAAUUGGAGCUGAGAAGGAUAUUCCAGUUAUGAUUAACAGUUACGUGGAAAAAGAACUGCAAAGACUUGAUUAUUUGAAAAAAUUCGCGCACGAAAUAUCAGUUCGCAAUGAAAAAGCAGUGAAGGAUAGCAUGGAAAUGAUAACCCAUCCUAUCAAUGCUUUCCGAUUAAUCAAAGAGAUGACAACAGAUUGGAGCGAAGUGAUAAAUAUAAUGCGCUCCAAUUCCGCAGAUGAUUUUAUUCGCAACGUCACUCAACAACGGGCUGUCAAUAGUAUAAAUUACCCUACAAAAGAAGAUCUAUCAGGCGCUGCAAUAGGUCUUUUGCGUUUGCAAGACACUUACCGUAUGGAUACCAAAGAUAUUGCUGAUGGAAAGAUUUUAACUUCCAGAAUGCAAACCGUCACUUUAAGCGCGAGUGACUGCUUUGAAAUUGGUCGUGCAGCGUAUGACGCGUAUGAUUACUACCAUACUAUUUUGUGGAUGCAAGAAGCUCGAGAACGUGUAGAACAAGAAGCAGUUCCUACUGCAAGCUUAGAAGACAUUUUGGAAUAUUUAGCUUUUUCGUUGUAUAAACAAGGGAACUUAAAGCAUGCACUGUUGCUUACAGAUGAACUGUGUCGCUUA